UUUCAUAGGGUGAAUAUCCAAUUUGCACAAGCAAAAAAAAUUGGAAAGACCCAUGUCUGCCUGUGCCUGUGAGCUGUUCUGGGGAGGGCUGGGUCGUGGGAGGCAGCACUGCCAGCUUCAGCCUCGCUGAGCACAUUUCUGACAGGGCACCACAUCACAUAUGGAAAAAAUCAAGCAGCACUGAAGCUUUCCAGAAAGCACUAAAAAUCUGCUGGGUUUUUUUGUUAUUAUUUUUAAUUUUGUCCUCUGAAAAGAAAAGCAAACAAGUUCAGCUGAUGGGUUUAUUAUUCAAAAGGUUGAUUUUACGGUGUUCUGCCUUUUAGAGAAUUCAGGCAAUUCCCGUUCAAACUCAAAUGUCAGCGUUUUGUCACCGCGUAUGUGGCUGCAUAGAGCCAUAACGGGGUAAAAAUCUGGGAGAGGAGCUCUCUGCAUCAGUGUGGCAGCUCUGAGAAUCCCAGGAAUGGCCCUGUGGGAUCCCAAGCCAUGGGAAAGGGCUUAUAAAAGGCCCCGUUUGUGUUUCCCUCGCAGCAGGAAGUGCCCUGGCAUAGCAUGAGCGCCCCUGGUGCUGCGGGCCAUGCCCUUCUCCAACAGCUCUGACCUCAGCCCGUCCUUCAUCCUGGCCAGCAUCCCGGGCCUGGAGGCGGCGCAGUCCUGGAUGGCCAUCCCGCUGUGCUCGGCCUACAUCCUGGCGCUGGCGGGGAACUGCGCGGUGCUGCUGGUGGUGCGCGCCGAGCCCAGCCUGCACGCGCCCAUGUACUUCUUCCUCUGCAUGCUGGCCGCCAUCGACCUGGCCCUGGCCACGGCCACCGUGCCGCGCGUCCUCUCCUUCUACUGGUUCGACAGCAGGGAGAUCAGCUUCGCCGCCUGCCUGCUCCAGAUGUUCCUCAUCCACACGCUCUCGGCCGUCGAGUCCACCGUGCUGCUGGCCAUGGCCGUGGAUCGCUACGUGGCCAUCUGCCACCCGCUGCGCCACGCCGCCGUCCUCACCAACGGCGCCACGGCCAAGAUCGGGCUGCUGGCCCUGGCCAGAGGGGUGCUCUUCUUCCUGCCGCUGCCUCUGCUCCUGCUGCCCCUCCCCUUCUGCGGCCCCCGCGUGCUGUCCCACUCCUUCUGCCUGCACCAGGACGUGAUGAACCUGGCCUGCGCCAACACCACCCCCAGCGUGGUGUACGGGCUCACCGCCAUCCUGCUGGUCAUGGGGCUGGACGCCGUCCUCAUCUGCCUCUCCUACGUCCUCAUCCUCAAGGCCGUCCUGCGCCUCGCGGCCUGGAGGGAGCGGCUCAAGGUGUUCAGCACCUGCAUCGCCCACGUCUGCGCCGUGCUGGCCUUCUACGUGCCCCUGAUCGGGCUCUCUGUGGUGCACAGGUUUGGGAAGGACCUGGCCCCACUGGUCCACAUCAUCAUGGGCAACAUCUACAUCCUGGUACCCGCUGUGCUCAACCCCAUCAUCUACGGGGUGAGGACCAAGCAGAUCCAGAGGAGGAUCCUGAGUUUGAUUCACGUCACCGGCAGAGCUCCGCGGUGACCUGAGCUGGGCCCCGUGACCUCCCUCUGGCUCAUCCUGUCUUACACCAGAGGCUUUGGUGCCGGACUGUCCUCCGUGUGCUCCGAGGUGCUGCCACCAGGCUAAAGCUGACUGUAAACUCCUUCCAAGACUGUUUGCCCUCACCAGACUCAGAGAAAUGACUGCAAUGAUGGAAAUCCAAGCCCGACCUGGCAGGUUCCACAAGAAGGGAAAAGUGACUCUGCAAACUUAUCCAGAUGUCCCAACAUUGCAGCUCUCAGUUCCUGUCUCACCUCUAGCAGUGGCAGAGCAGAGCAGAUGCUGGAUGGCUUGGGAUGAUUUAGUUAAUUCCUUGUUUUCACAUGGGUUUUCACAUGGGGCACAGUCACGUUCCAAGUUUUGACAGAAAAUUUGUGCACAGCAUCAUUCUCUAAGCAAAAUAAUUACAGGACACCUGUACAAAGUGACAUUACAGAAAUGCAUUUCAGGAGAGGAACAUCCACCUAUGGGGUCUUCUUCUGACUUGCUGUGUGCUCUGUCAAGAUCCCUCAACCUCCUCAUGGCAGGUGCUGUGGAAAAACUUCAGACUCAGAGCUACUGGUAGCAAUUGUAAAAAUGAUUUAAAUUAAUAACUGUAUUCAAUAAAAUGAAAACUUCUCAAGGAUAAAAAUAAGCACACCAUAAAAGUCAGUGAUGACUCCAAGCUGAAGGAAGUCUCAUUUCCAAGCCAAAGGUGUUCCACAAUGGGAAUUCCUAAAAAAGCCCUGUCAGUGGCAGCACUGAACAGAGUCUGGCCCCAUCCUCUGGCACACCUGGAGAGAUUUGUAUGGAUCAGUGGGAACCCCUCGCAGUGCUCUCGUUGUCAUGAAUUGUGGUUUCACAGACGAGGUGAAAUCAGGGAUGUGCAGGCAGAUCCCUCAGGGGGGUGCUGGGGCUGAGAGCUCCCGUUUGACCUCGGUGGGUUUUGGGCCCUGCCCGGACCUUUCCCAGGGAGCUGCAGCAGCACGGAUCGGUCUGCACCCUUCAGGAGCCCCAGCUGCUCUCAGACCCCGGUGUCUCCAUUAAUAUCACACAAUCCCAGGAUCCCAGGGGCUGGAAAAGCCCUCCCAGCCCAGGGAGUCCCAACUGUGCCCGAUGCCCACC